AUACACUGAUAAAGUGUUAUAACUGAUACAUUAUCUAUCUAAUAAAACAAUAAAGUGUUGAGUGUUAUAUUUAUUGAAUAGGCAUGAUUUGCUAUUUGUGCAAAGCGAUCGUAUCUAGAUACCUUGGAUCCUAGGGGUUAACACUUAUUGAAAUUGUAAAUCCUCUAGUAUUUAUGAUAUUUAAAAUUUGAUGGGAAUCUUUUCCUAAAUGUGUGUAGAAAUUGAUUGUGUUUGACUCGGAUUUGUUAGGUAAACCAUGGAGAUGUAGGUGCGAUGGACAAAGGAGGUUAAAAAGGUUUGAAUACAAUAAAAGACUAUGUUACCGUCCAGCUACACUCGAAGACUACGAACGCGGGACUUGAUCCAGAGAAACUUUCCUGACAUAAACAGGACUACUAGUAAGUCCAGCUCUAAAACCUUCACACGGUUAGGAUUAAAGGACGCAAGAUCUACACAUUUAUACCUUCCGACUUUAUUGAGAGAGAAUACUAAGAUUAAUCAUAUUUCGAGAGUGUCUGGACAGAUAAAUCUGGUUUUGGAGCGACUUUCUCACAUAGACAAGAAACAAGAGGAGGAAGAGGCUGUAUAUAAAAGGAAAGCAAAUGCUAUUUUCCUCAAAGAGAAAAGAGAUACGCCUAUUCCACCACAGAAAUUAGAUAAGCAACAUAGUAGGAUGAGUCUUUCUAAAAAUGUUGGGAAACUCAAACCUAUCAAAGAGAAAAAAGAAAAGAAGGAAAAGAAGGAAAAGAAGGAGAAACAGCCUGUACCAAUUAUCAAAGACACACCUGAAAAUCUCACUCGUGAAAGAAUGGUAGUUCUCGCAAGGACUAUAAUGAAGGAUAAAAGAAUGUCAACAUGCUACAAACGCAAUCCGAAUAGAAUAGAAAUCAUGCAGCCUAUUGUUUGUGAAGGUACCCCUGCAUGGACUCACGAGGUUAAGUCAGAGGUAAUCAUCAUUGUGCCAAUCAAGUCACUGAGAUAUACAAAAUGGAAAUAUUCAUCACCCGAAAUAGGUUACAUUGAAAUUAAUCUUCCGAAUAAAAAUCCUAGGUCUAAAAUAGACACGUAUUCUCCGUUACGAGCAGACGACGAGAUACAUUUAUCAUCAUCAAAACUUAAUAAAGCCUUGGUAGAGGUGUUUAUGGAAGGACUUAGGGUUACUAAAUUUGGAGAUUACAGUCUUUUGCCCGAGUUAAAUUUCGACUAUCUUAAUGAUACCCUUGAACUAGUUUUCACAAAGCAUUUGAAAAUACCAUUGGUACCUGCCAUAUUCUUGUCUGCUGAUGAGCCACUGUACGUAAUAAAACCCAACUUACCGGACUUAGAUCCAACUUCCGAUACCUUAUUCCGAGCAUGCUUUUUAGUGCAAGAAGAAAACAUACUAAGAAAAAUCUCAACCACUGAUCAUGGUCUCCGUAUCGAUGCAUUGAAAGUCAUACAUACGUUAUGCAAGCAAGACUGGAGACUUCAAACGCUCACCGUCUUCCAUCUAAAAAACGUAUUGAUGCAUGACAUUGACUUUGAAAUUGACCAUUCGCCUAGGUGGCAGAGACUUACUAGAGAUAUCUGUGUUCAGUCCAUCUUAAAAAGACUACUAUACUUUGUCAAAAAGGAAAAUUUACCGCAUUUCUUUCAGACAAACUUAAAUCUUUUCAAAAGAAUACCAGUGAAAACGUUAAGGUUUAUGCAAACCCCUUUAGAGAGGUUAGUUAGCAAUGAGCCUCAGUUAAUGAGAGACCUCCAAAGAGCUUCGCGGAACUACGAGGAUAGUGAUUCUAGUUCCGAAAGUGAUGAAGAUUGGUGGUAAGGGAAAACAAGAAAGUGUUUCCAAAUUGAAAUAGUAUUCAAAUGAGCAGAGAAAACAGGCAAAGAUAACGAAAAUUAUAAAUUUUACAAAUAUUGUUUUCUUAAUUUUGACAAGUAAACAUUUCAAUAUAUGCAAAGAGGAUUACAAAUUAUAGAUGGUUUUGCUGCCGUCUAAAGGAUCGUAUGUUUUAAUUUAUAGACACGCACAUGAGAGAUGAAACAGUAAAAUAAAACCAUAAAAAUCUCUAGUUUUGAUAAUUGGUGAUGUUAAUGAUACAAUUAUUGACUUUGCAACCAAUUUUUUAAAUGUAGUAAAAAAAGAGACAAAGGCCUUUUUCAUUUUGCAUUUAUUUACUCGACAGUCAAUAAAACUGUUACUGUUGUUUUUCACUCUAACUCUUCAUUUGUGCACAACUUGUUAUUCCACAAAAAUAGUAUCAUUGUUUAAAACAUCUUAUCAAUA